UUUUUGUGAUAAAUGUUUUCUCUCUUUUGUGCACACACAUGAAAAUUGAAAAUAAUCCAUCUUCCUUUCAUUUUUCUGCACAAAGUAAAGAGGUCAUAAAGGGCAAUAAACCAGCAGCAGGGAUUGGUGGCGACGAUUGAAGACUAGGUGGCGGCGAUUGAAGCAUACCAGAUCAGAAGAGAAGGGCUUGGAGCGUAGGAAACGUAAUGGGGUCGAUUAGCUGAUUUUUAUUUCAAUAACCACAUCAAGGGUAUUAUUGGGAUAUCAAAGUAAAGUAGAUGGAAUGGUGGAAUAGUGACCAAUUUCAUAAUUUUAUUGUAUAGAAAUACUAAUAGAAACAAAUAAUCUCAGACAAUUUAAUUUCUCUUUAUAAUUUUAUCUUAUUAAAAUUGUAAAUGAGAAAAAAAUUGAUAUUAAGAAAGGUAAUAUAAUCAUUUUAUAACGUGACUGAAGAGUGCAAAAAAAUAAAAAUAAAAAUAAAUAAAUAAAACCGAGGACCAACCUUUUAAAAGUUGGGCUCUCAGCUGCUAAUUUGACUAUAUCAAAGGACCAUUUCUGUAAUCUUUAUUUAAUCUGAACAAGUGUUCAAGGUUUCUAUGUACUCGGUCCAAUUUGUUUUUUCCUGAAAUACCCAUUUCGCAGGGUUUAUAGCUCAUAGGUUUCGGACGUCUAGCGAAUAGCUUAGUAUCCAAACGAUCGGAACACGCAGUCACAGUCCUCAUCUUCUGUCGCCGGCAAGACUCCUUUCCUUCCUGAGAAAUUGUCGUUGGAUACUUAUCUGUUACGAUUUCAAGUUUUUUUUUUAAUAGUUAUUCACAAUGUACAAAUGAUUCUAGAUUUGUUUAUGAGCAUGAAAUAGUUUCUGAUUUUCGUAUAAAUGCUGGCUUAUUGAAUGAGUAAUGUGGAAAUAUGGAUUACGUUUGUUUUGAACAUAGAGUUGAUUCAACAGGGUUGUGUUAUGCUUGAAGUUUGAUUUUUUUGGGUUGUAUUAAUUAAGUUUGAUUGUUAAAUAUGAGGAAGAAGAGGUAGGUCGAUGGCAAUUAGUGUUGCUUUUGAAUUGUCCUGCUUUAUUCUUCACGGUUUAUAAGGUAACUGAGUUUCUACUUCAUCUAGGAAGAAACUUUAACAAACUAGCUAGAUGUACAGCUGCUUGAAAACUGUGCUAAUGAAGAACAGAUGGUUUAAGUUACUGUCUUAUACAGAUUUUGUGCAACAGAUUUCCUUCCAAUAUUGUGACUUGUUAAUCUGGAGCUUGACACAAAAAAAGUGGUGUCUUGUAGUGGAUGCAAUCAAGUGAUCGUUGCUAACUAAAGAAUAAUAUAUAAUUAGACAGUCAUUUGUUUUAACUUUUACUGUUAAACUCAAGAACUACUGGGAUAUUUCAUUGUUCAAAUGUUACAUCUCUUCAAGAAGCUUCUCCUUGCUAGUUUGACAUUGUAAUUUCAGAGUUCACUAACAAUGGCACCAGUGCUUCUUCAAAAAGUUUAACUAGAUAUAUCUUGAUAGCCUUAUCAAUCAACUUAUUCAAUGUAGCUAACUUUAUCAUCACCUGCUUAUGAUCAUGUCUUUAUGGUUAUUUUAGAUUCCAGUAGUUCCUUCCAUUUCCAUUGUAUAUGAAGGAUCAUAGUUGGUAUGUAUGUUAGUAUCUACAAAUUUAGUAAACCCAUAAGCAUAUGUGGUAAGCUUCGACAAGGCACAUCACUAAAGGAAAUUUCCCUAUAUCCGGUAAAAUUUUGCGAAACUUAAUUUAUUCUUUUACGAGUGCCUAGUAAUAAAUGUGGUAUAAAUAGAAGCCUGCAUUCUCAGAUGCAACCCACUCCCUCUUUUCCAAACUCGGGCAUUCAGUUCUAGGGUUUCAAUGGCACAGUUGCCCAAUGAAAUGAUUCAACUAAUACUCAUAAGGUUAGAGGUGAGGGAUCUGAUCCGUUGCAGGAGCGUUUCAAAGUUAUGGAAAUCUUGGAUCUCUGAAUCUAAUUUCAUCAAAGCCCAUCUCGAACACAGUUAUCUCCAGGAUUGUGAAAAGAACAAAAAGGGAAACAGGAGAAUUGCUAUGUCUGCUUCGCGAUGUGGUGAUUGGAUAUAUGACCCUGAUAAAAUCUUAUCUGUCUGUCGCACGCGUCAUCUACUUGGUUCUUCAAAUGGUUUGGUAUGCGUUUCUCCCUCUCGUACCGAAUUUUUACUUAUCAAUCCUGAAACCCGAGAAGUGAAUAAACUGGAAGAGCCCCAAAUCCCUCAGGAGGGAUAUAUGAUUUAUGGUUUUGGGUAUGAUUCGUCCAAAGAUGACUACAAGGUGGUAUUAGGGUUUAGAAAAGGUAGUAGUCAUAUAUGUUUUCUAAAGUUUAGUUUAAAAUCCAACGUCUGGGAAGUUAUUGGAGAUGUGAACUACACUUUUGUUAGUAGGGUUGGAUUCCUUCACAGCGGUGCACUUCAUUGGGUUGUUUGUCAUGGUUCAGCUUAUCAGAUGCCGGUAAUUCUUUCUUUUGAUUUGAACGAGGAUAAAUUUGAGGAGAUCCCACAACCUUGCAAAUGGGCAGAGCAUUUGGGGUCCAUAAACGGUUGUUUGUGUGUAUUUGAUGUUCUCGAAGAAGUAUGGAUGAUGAAUGAGUACAAUGUGAGAGAGUCUUGGGAGAUUGUGGAGCCUAAAGACAAGAUUAAGACAGAAAUCGUGCACUGUUUGAAAGAUUUAAUGCAUUACAUACCAAAUAAGAGGCCUUUAUGUCUUAAACAACGUGUUGACCAUACUCCAAAGUUUAUAGCGGCCCCUUUGUAUACACCAAGUCUUGUAUCUCCCCAUAUAUUCAAGAAACCAAACAAAACGAAGCAGGAAACAAGCAUCAUCAAGAGUCGCAAGGUACCAAAAGUUUGUCUUCACUCAGCUAGUUCAAGUGAGGUGGGAAAUCAUGAAAGAUCAUUCAGAAGCGCGCUGAAACGAGCAAAACAAGCUUUGCAUGAUUGCCGGUAAACAGUUUGGUUACGAUGGUUCAUGGGAACGACCUUGAAUAAAAGUUUCAUGAGCACAUCACUGUAUGUCAAAUUUCUAGAGUUUUAUUCAAAAUGGUGCUAUAAAACCAACUUUUUAGAGUCUAUUAGAUUAUCUCUAUGAUUGUGUGUUUCAUGGUUUGUAAAUACUCUUAAGGAUUGUUGUUUUAUUGGUAACAAACAUCUUAAAUAUUGGUACUUCAAUGGAGUUUUCUGUUAUCUUCUA